UCCUGCCCUCCCCAUCCCUUCCCUCCGCCUCUGUGUCAGUCGUUGGCCGGUCAUGGCGCCGGGAUGGCGGCGUUGCGGCCGCCGCUGAAGCGACUGGCCAGAGCCGCGGUCGCUUCUCCUGUUUAUCUCCACGCUCGACCGCGACGCCUUACGGGAUGAGCCGGGAACCUCCGCCGCCGGCCGGGAGGAGGAGGAAAGAGCGGAGGCGACGCUAGGACAGGUGAAGUGGCAAGAUGUGGAGCAGCAAACAAAAUGAGGUGCCUUUACAAAAUCCAAGGUCCUCCCUCAACAGGGAUUCCAUCAGAGACUUAACGACCGCAUGGGAUGCUUUUUCACAGACUAAAGCAGCGCUGCGACACAUUGAAAAUAAAUUGGAAGUAGCUCCUACCAGCACAGCUGUGUUAGAUUCUGUCAUGGAUGCCAAGAAGCCAUCUGCCAGUACUACCAGGAAAAUAAGUAGAAAAGCCUGCAGGUCUUCCAGUCAAAAAAAGGAGAGGUCUCCCCGCUGCCCUCUACGUGUUACCACUUUGGAUAGUAAUGUGAAAAAGAGUGGACAUAUCGAAUUUCGUGAGCCCCUGGCUUCGUUUAGGGAUGCACAGUGGUCAUUGUCUUACAAAACCUCUCACCAGUUGGAGGGGAUGUGCUCGAAGCUUGAAUCGGGGAACAAGACUGAAGGAAUGAGUGACAUGGCCUGUGAAAAAGAUGAAUCAGAUUUACAAAACACAGACUUCAAAAGCCUCUCUUCUGCAGAUGAAACUGUCGUCCGAUAUUUGAAUGACCGACCGGCAAUCAACGCCUUGCAGAACUCAGAUCCUAUAUUUAAAGUUUUAACUCCUACGAGAUCAGAGGAGGAAAAGACUGAGGGGUCUAGGGAUAUUUACACUAAAACGUCUCUUAGUACCAGUGUCCCAGAUGUUGAAGUGAAGGAUCCGCAGGUGGUUGAAUCUUCAGCUUCCUCUGCCAGUACUUCUAGUGCCCACCGGCUCGAUAUCUUAAAGAGUCACCAGCAUGAUGCCAAGCUGGAAAAAUUGAAGGAACGGAUUAGGAAGCAGUGGGAAUCUCAAGAAGAACUGAAUAGCAGAGGACAGUUUCGGGACUAUGUGGAUCAUCCAGUAAUCGUUGCAGCUGCAGAGAAUACGGUAACACCUAAAAUCCGAAAAGUGGCAACUGCGCCUCCUGCUCCUUCAUAUAAAGGUUUUAAUCCAUCAGAAGCCAAGAUUCGUACUCCUGAUGGAAAAGUGUGGCGUGAAGAAGAAUUUCUCAAUAUCAGUAGAGAGCUAUGCCGAGACUUGGAACUCCAGUUUGAAGAAGAUGAGUCUGCUGUGAAAGACAUACCGGCUGAAAAAAGUAAGGUGCGGAAAGCAACCAAAACAGUGCGCAAAGUCCAGAAAGUGACAGAGCAACCAGGAAGUACAAAUAUAAUAAGUGUGUCAUCUUGGCGGGAAGGACAAAGAUUGGCAAAGAAGUUACUGGGUCCAGCUCCUAAACCACAGCAACAAGAUAAACAGUCAUCCGCCAUUGAGAGAACUGGGAGGGAUAGGUCUGUUAAAUCUGCAUCUCACUUUGCGAAGACAGCAUCUGAUCCAGGCGGGGUUGUGAUCGUAAAACCCAGUUCAAGAAGUCCCAAACGAUCCCGGAGUAAAAUAAGAAGGGAGAGUAGCUUGAGGAAGAGAGAUGCCGCUAUUAAGAAUGCUAAACAAAAGGAUGACCAUGUAAAUAAGGACUUCCUGCCAGUGGAGAUCCAAGGAAUUCUUGAUGACCUACAGCUGGAUUCUGUGGCUCAGCAUGCAAAGCCAGAGAUGAAUGAAGAAAACCAGAGUUCAGAAGUGCCUGCUCCAUUUACCCGGAGUCACAGCCCGACCAAGAGGAAACCAGACAAACUGGGUGCCAACGAAGAGUCUCAAGUCAUUUCUAAGAGACGUCAUUAUGAUACAGAUGAAGUUCGGCAGUAUAUAAUUAAACAGCAAGAGGAAAGGAAGAAGAAGCAGAGCGAACAGAAGAAAGCUCAGAAGGAGGCAACGGAGCAGAGGAACAAGAGACUUCAAGAACUGUACAGGAAGCAGAGAGAGGCUCUUGCUAAUAAGACAAAAAGUGCAUCGGCUCCUGAGCUGGUCCCCAAGCAAGUACAAGAGACUUACACCAAGUUGUUCCUAGAUCAAACCUUGCUUCAGGUGCCACAGCCCCCACUCCUACAGGAUGUGCAGCCCAAACCUGGGUAUCAGCCGUCCGGAGAGUCUGACAAGGAAAACAAGGCACAGGAGCGUCCACCUAGUGCCUCCUCCAGUAGCGAUGUGUCUCUGUCUGAACCUCAUCAUACUCUUGCUAGGAACAACUUGUUGGAGUCUGUAUGGAUUCAGCCAGAUAGACUGAGUUCAAAAGCCCAGCCACCUUGCUCACAGCGUUCUGCUGUCCUGAAUGGAGGUUUCUUUUCCCAGCUUCUGUCUCUAGAUCAAAUGAGCGUUUUUCAAAAGGGGUUUGACUCUGCGUUAUCAACCAGGAGGAGCCACAGCACAGCUGUGGGAUCCUUGCCUUUGGCAACGCAACCAGUUAUGCCAUCUACGCUGCAACCCACCAUUAGUCAGUAUAAAAGUAAACUGGACCGCAUUGAAGCCCUGAAAGCAACAGCAGCUUCUUUGUCGAGCAGAAUUGAAAGUGAAGCCAAGAAGUUAGCUGGAACUGGCAUUGAUUAUGGAGCAGCCUGGAACUCUGGACAUGACCUGGUGCAAGGAAAUCAGGGGAGUGGCUAUGGGGCAAAGGCCAGCAGCCCCCCAGUGAGAGAAGAGAACGAUGUCUUUUCAGCCAGGCUUCAGAAAAUGCUGAGUACCUGUGUGUGUCAAACAACUUUUGAUGAUAGCCUUCCUGGAGUGGGAAAUCUUAGUGAGUUUAAAAAGCUCCCAGAGACCAUCAGCCCUCACACUGCCGCUCUCAGUCUUCCAUGCAAACAAAGAUCUGAAGGAAUAGUAGGAAACCUAUCCAAGAAGCCAAGCUGCUCUCCGAAGGCCGAGAGUAAAGUUGUAGCUCCGCAUGACUGUAGCACAGAUUCAAUCAGCGAGGGGCCGCUCAGUGACCAUCUCUUGUCCGAAGAGGAGGAGGACCAGUUCAAGCACUUAACUUUAAGGACAGCCGAAAUGUUGAAGGAAAAGGAGUUCUGUGCUGCAGACAAAGCUGGCUUUGAGCCCAUAGAACAAUUUCAGAAAGAAGCAGAAAAGUAUUUGCCCUUUUCCACACAGAUGAGGAGUAUUUCAAGGCCGUGGGAGGGACUGUCUAAAGGAAGUCCACACAGCGUCAUCAACAUCUUCACAAAAUCUUUUCAGCUCUGUGGGAAAGGGUCCGAGGAGCAGUCAGAAUCAGGAUCCCCAAUCCAGCAACUUUCACUUCCAAUAAUGAGCCCCCCGGAUAGUAUUCUUUCCUAUGAGGAUGAUUUCAUCUCAUCGCAGGGUAGUGGGACGGUGACAGAUAAAGUGUCUGCUGUUGAGCCCAGAAGCAGCCCAAGCUCAAAAGAAGAUUUUAUCAGCAGGAAAUCACCUUAUGAACUGCAAGCUAAAGAGUCUACCCACCAUUCCUCAGGAUCUCCAUCUGCCAGUUCUUCUUGCUCAUCUGCAUCUUCUAAAAGAAGAAGGAAAAAGGAAAGGCUGGAAUCUUUAACUGGGGCUUCUCACGCCUCUUUGCGGGAAGAAAGCAAAACUUCUGCAGAACUGGACCCCAGACUGUCACAGACUAAGACUUCAGUGCCUCUCAGUGGAUUAUCUCGUAGAGAACAAGGGCAGAAUCCAGACUCUGACAACACAUUAGAAGAACUGUCGGGUCAUUCCUUGAUGAGUCUCCCAGAUAAGUUAAGAUCCCCAAGGACAGCAAGCUCUGCAAGCUCUCCUCAAUCUCCAGGUUGGACUGUGCAAAACAAUUGGAUCCUCUGGCCCCUAGAGAAGACCAGACCCACCUCUUCAAGCCCUCCAGCACCCAUAACUUCAGGAUCCAAACCAAACGUUGCCUUCUCUGGAACCAGCAGGACUGGAGCAGGUGGUGUGACUGGCACCAUGCGCUUCUCCCCUGCUGGUCUCCAGCAAGCCUGUCAACAGAAUAAAUUACUUUGGUGUACCAUUGAGGAGUCACCAAUGGCUGGCUAUUCGGAUCUGGACGCAUAGACGGGCAUUCCCCUUGCACCAACAGGAGAGAAUGUCUCAUUGGCUCAAAUGCUAAAGGCACAGCAACAGCUUACAUGAAGCGUGGACUUGGCUCUUCUGGAAACUCGAAGCCACGAGCGAGAGGCUUUGACGAGCUUAGAGGCAGUUGGAAGGAGCGCGGCAAGCAGAAAGCAGCUAAGGUUACAUGAGUGGCUGCAGCAGCUAGUGCAGUCCCGGCAGGAGGCAGCCGAGGCUCUCCAGGGAACCAUUAAGAUAGCAACAAUGCAAAUGGAGGCUGCCCUGACCGACUACUUGGUGCUGCACUUUCGGCGAGAUCCGCAAGGAAAAGCUGAGUCAAGUAAUUAUUCACAAAAUAAAGAGGAGACGGGUGAUUCCAAGCACCAUUACUCUCAUUCAUUUGAUAGUUAUUCGGAAUCAUCAAGAUCAAAAACACAUGAUCAGAGCAGCAGCAGCAGUUGCCAGGAAAGCCCAUCUGUUCCAUUUUCCAAGGAGGCCAAAAAAGUCCCCCGUCGUGAAAAAUCGAACAGUUCCAUUGAAGAACAGUGUCAGACAGCUGAGAAUGGUUCCCUGCAGAGUAAUAGCAUUCCAUCUAUCCCAGAUGAGAGAGAUUCAACUUCUGUUGCUACAGAAUAUUCCCUGAAAUUUGACGAGUCCAUGACAGAAGAUGAGAUUGAAGAGAAGUCCUUCCGGUCCUUGCUACCUUCCGAGAGUCACCGCCGGAUCAACUUGAAGAAAAGAGGUCACCACGAUUAUUCUGAUGAGGAAGCUGCUCCUGGAAAGCCAGCCUUGUCCCCUGUCAAAGAGCUAAGCCUGCCCUUCUCAGGAGGCCAAGACAGUUUUUCCAAAUUCACCAUGGAAAUGGUGCGGCAGUACAUGAAGGAAGAAGAAAUGCGGGCAGCUCAUCAGUCCUCGCUGCUCCGAUUGCGGGAGAAAGCACUGAAAGAGAAGACCAAGGCUGAGCUAGCCUGGCUGGAGCACCAGAAAAAACGCUUGAGAGACAAAGGAGAGGAUGACAAGAUGCCGCCUAUUCGGAAGAAGCAGCGUGGCCUGAUUCUGAAGCUGCAGCAGGAAAAGGCAGAAAUUAAGCGUCUUCAGGAGGCUAAUAAGGCUGCCCGGAAGGAGAGGCAGCUGAUCCUGAAGCAGCAGGAAGAGAUAGAGCGAAUACGCCAGACUACUAUGAAACUGCAAGAAAAACUGAAAUCGGCCGGGGAAAAUAAGCUGGAGCAUCGCAGUGAGGAUGAUGCAAAACAAACUCAUUCUUCCAGUCCGCUGCCAACAGAUGCGGAGUCCUGUAGCCCUUCUUCUGUCUCUAGCAGUGAGACCAGCAGCAUUAUGCAGAAAUUAAAGAAAAUGCGCAGCCGGAUGGAUGAGAAACACUGCUCUCCUGUUCACUACUUCUUCUCUGUCUUUACGUCUCACCACUGGGCCUCUCUCAGUGUCUGUUUUCCCAACCUCCAUCCUAAAUUCCAGCUGUAUAUCUACAACCAAUUGGUCAGGUUCUUAACAAAGCGGGAGCAAAAACUGAUGCAGCGGCGCCAGCAUGCUGAAGAAUUGCUGCAGUGGAAACGCCGGCUGGAUGCGGAAGAAGCAGAGAUACGCCAGAUGGAGAAGCAAGCCUUGGCUGCUUGGGAUAAAGAACUGCUUGAAAAGAAAGCAAGCAAAAUGGCAGCAGGAGACCAGAACGAUCAGAAAGAAACAGCCAGUGAAGAAGAUUCUUCGGUGCCGCCUUGUUCUCGCUUGAACAGUGCAAGCUCUGUCCCAGAGGAACUGGGCAAUCUAGCUGUUGAGUCUGGGCCAUCAAAGGUCUCUGAGGUCCAAGAGCAGCUGGGAAGUCCAGAUCACACCACUGUUAUGGAAGAAAUGGUUUAUACGCAGGACAUUGAAACUUCUGCCUCACCUGGAAAACUUUCUCCUUCUAAAAGCAGCACAUCCUUGUCAAACCAAGGGUCCAGCAAAGGUACCCACAGAACUGGUGGGCAGCAGCAUUUACCCGCAAAAUCCCAGGAGGUAUCCUAUAGUUGGUCUGACGAGUCAUUAUCCAUGACCCAGUCAGAAACCACCUCAGAUCAGAGCGACAUUGAAAGCCGAAUCCGGGCCCUGAAGGAUGAGUUACGGAAGAGAAAGUCUGUGGUCUACCAGCUGAAAAAGGAGCAGAAGAAGAGGCACAAGGAGAGGCUGAAAGCCCAGGAGGCCAGCUUGAUCAAACAAUUAGAGACAUAUGAUGAAUUCAUCAAGAAGACUGAAGCAGAGCUGAGUCAGGAUCUGGAGGCAGCACCUACAGCUAAACCUCAAAUUAAAACUCCAUCUUCUGUUACGGAGAAGCCAAAGAUCAAGCCGCCUCCACUCCACAGAUCUGAGACAACAAAAAGUUGGAAAUCACUGACUGAUUCUGAACGUUGCAGGGGAUCACUGGAGUCCAUUGCAGAACAUGUCGAUGCUGUCUUGCGUUCUGAAAGAUCUGACUCUUUGUACACCAAGAAAUUCAUUGAGGCAGAGAUUCGGUCAGAGGAGUGUUUUCAGAGUCCAUCCCCAGGCCGCAAGGCCCCACAAAAGACUGGAGCAGAAUCUGGUGAUGCACUGGAUGGUUUCCCCCCCUUGGCUGUUCUCAAAGAUUUAGGAGACUUGAGCAAAACAUCCCAUGUGUCGCUGAACACUUUGGAAGAUGUGACAAGUUGCGAUACUCUUGUUUCCACUAACAGAUCUGUGAUACAAGAGGAGGUAGAGUCUGUAAAAUCAGAAGACUCUGAGCCAGAUGGUACUCACAGGCUUUCUGGAAGAUCUGAUGCUUCUGCUUUGGACGCUGAGCAAAAGAGUUGCCUGCCGGCGCGGUUAAAGGCAGGUGCUGAGACUGGCUGGGCUGUUGCCUGUGUUCAAGAUGCAAAGGAGAUACCGAAGCGAGAGGAAUGUUACAAGGGUGAUGAAUGUUCUGCAUCAGACCAAACCUCUCAGAAGCUGAACAAGACUUUGCUUGCAGAACAGCUACCUGUUUGUGCAGAACCGCUGUAUUCUAAUGAGUUUGGGAGAUCUUCAGCAGGAAAGUAUAGGCUAGCCAAUGGGAUACCUCAUACUGAAUAUUACAAGGAUGAUUUUGACACCUCUGCGGCCUCUCUUGGAAAAGACUCGAAGUCACAGAGAGAGAAAUCGUGGUACACGAAAACUUCGAGGAGCAGAUCCUCAAGUAUUGGAAGUGACGAGGAAAUAAGCGAAUGUCUCAGUGACAGAGCUUUGUCUGUAGCUUCCAGCAUUCAUUCAGAACGAUUAUUCAUCCUGAAAUCGCCAACAGAACUGAUGAAGAGUAAAGAGCGCAGUGAUGUAGAGGGAGAAUCAGCUAAUGUUGAUUCAUCCUUUUGGGCUACCUCUUCCAAGACAGAGGAAGAGGAAAAUAUUCUUCAAGAUUUCAGCAUUGGUGACAGAGUACUUGUCAGUAAUGUCCAACCUGGGACACUGAGAUUUAAGGGCCUGACCAGUUUUGCCAAAGGAUUUUGGGCCGGUGUUGAAUUGGACAAACCCGAAGGAAGGAACAAUGGCACUUAUGACGGCAUUAGAUAUUUUGAUUGUAAAGAAAAACAUGGCAUUUUUGCUCCUCCGCAAAAAAUCUCACGGAUUUCAGAGAGUUUGGGUGGCCUCUUGGACACAGAGGAGCGAUCUUUCUGCACUACUCAACUAGAUCACAACCACAGAGCAGAUCAGAAGGACAGAGAGAGUGCUGUGGAAGCAGAAGGGGAGAGUGAGAGGAAAAUUGAGAGUGAGAAAUGUCUUCAGGAUAGAUCAGAAAAAGGCGCAUGUGCCUUAGAGGGUUCUAUAGCAGCUGAAGACUAUUUAGAACUCAGUGCCCCGAAAAGCCAAAUUAUUGAUGCUGUUGAAGAAGUGCUUUCUGAAGAAAAGGGUGUUGUAAAUUCUCUAAACUCCUCAGCAGAAAACAGCAGGCUCUUGUCUGCCUCCGUUUCAGAUGCCCUUAGCAAGUCAUCAGCAGUUGCAGUGGGAGGGGCCAUGAAUGGUAUCGUCCCUGAGAAAUGGAAGCAACAACAGCCCUCUUGGCAGGAAUACACUGAAAAGUCAGAGCACCUUUCCACAGGAGUGCUGGAGAAGUCGGCAACUCCCCUCCUGGACUUGCUCACAAAAGAAAGGAGCCAGUUAGAAGCCCAGCUUAGGCUCCCAUCCCCCGAGGAAGAAGAGUCCAAAGAGCAACAGGAAAAAGUGGGCUUGUUGACGGACAGCCUCCUGCAGGCGUUUGUGAAGGACACUGUCAGUCAGCUGCAGCACAUCAGAAAAGUCAGGAAUGAGAAGAUUCAGUUCAGUAAUCAAGAACUAGCUGCUGUCCAAGAGCAGAAGUUGGCAUCUGCCGACUUGCAGGCCAUCUUAAGUUCUCAGUUGGAUGAUGGAGAAGAAGUGUCCUCUCCGGACUUGUGUCCCAGACCUGAGAGCCCCGUCUUUGGUGCCAGUGGGCAGGAAGAGCUUGCUAAGAGGCUGGCAGAGUUGGAACUUAGCCGGGAAUUCCUGAGUGUGUUAGGAGAUGACCAAGACUGGUUUGAUGAGGACUUUGGCUUGAGUACCCGUAAACUCCCUCCAAAGCAAGCUGAAGAGUCGGCAGUGUUGCCCAAGAUAGAGCCUCCCAAAGUGCCGCCCAAGCCAUGUGAAGAGCCUUUAGCUGUCCCACACACCGCAGAGGAGGUGGAGGUCUUGGUGUACGAGGCAGCCGAGGAACUGUGGAAGUUCAAAGAACUGGGGCAUGAUCUUCAGGCUGCUGGUUUCCCCAGAGAUCUAAGCGAUUCCCUUAAAGAUGACGAUAUUGAAGCCAUCAGCAAACAAAUCUAUAAACAGGCUGUGUUUGACUUAACAAGAGAGAUUUUUGGAGAAAUCUUUGCAGAAGAUCCAAAUUUGAACCAACCUGUAUGGAUGAAACCCUGCAGGAUCACUUCUACUUACUUCCGCCGGGUGAAAGAUCCAAACAACCUUGAGGAAAUCAAGAGCUUCAUAGCAGCUGAAGUGCUAAAGCUGUUAAAUUUGAAAAAGGAGCCAAACAACAAAAUGGACUGGCAGAAAAUGAUCAAAUUUGGACGUAAAAAACGUGACAGAGUGGAUCACAUACUGGUGCAGGAACUGCAUGAAGAGGAAGCUCAGUGGGUGAAUUAUGAUGAGGACGAGCUAUAUGUGAAGAUGCAACUGGCAGAUGGGAUUUUUGAGGCCUUAAUCAGAGAGACGAUUGAUGUCCUUCACCAGAUCAAUGAGAAACAGGAGAGAUUGCUGCCCAUGUCAUAGCAAUGCUGCUGCUAGAGCAUAACAUGAUCUUAAACAUGGCUGAGAAGAGAGAACACGACGUGACGUCUCCCCAUCUCAUCUUCAAUUUUAGAGACUUCACCCUGAAUGUGUUCCAAAGAGGUUCCUCCCCCCGCCCCCCGGCAAAACCCCCGGUUGAUUAUUUAACAGUUUUGUUUACAGGCACUGAAAUAUGCAUUUCAGAUUCAUUUUGUUACCUGAGCUAACCCGUAUAAAAUUCACUGUCAGCAGUAGAAACUGAGGUCACCUAGUAAACAUUGUUCUGUAUUUAAUUUCUGAUUUUAUCUAGUUUUGGCUGUAAGUGGCAACUUUGUUAGCCAACAUAAUGUUUUAUCCCGCACAGGUCUCCUCCCCCAAUGUUGCAUAUAGCUCCCAGUUUUGUCCUAUUUUUCCACUCAUUUUCAUCUUUGGCUUAAAAGUGCAGACCUGGAGAAUGUUACUGGAUUAAUGCAAGGGAAGCUGGGGACGGAGGGUGGGGAUCUUGCUCGUACUGCCUCUGGGCAGAGUGAAAAGCAGGCACUAGAGUGAAUCUGAGGCACAUGGUCCUACUUUCCCAGUGUUUCAGUUCUUCUCCUAGAGAACCUCCAUCGGCCCUGAAACAAAUGCGCACUUAGGAUUUCUCAGGCCUUUGACAGGCAGGAGUUGGUCCUGGUAGGCCUUUGAUCCCGUUCCUUCUUCUCUUUCUUCCCACCUGGGGUAACAUGUCAGCAGAGCCAUGACUUGAACUUGUUAGGGCUAGGAGUGUGUGUACCAAAGAGAGCAUGACUCGAAUUUUGUUUUGUAUGCAUGCAGUAUACCUUUUUAACUUAUUUUAUAACUUGUAUGUUAGAAGUACAAGUCUAGUACUACACUGGCUGCACUAUCUGAAAAUGCCACAGUCUGAGAAGGGUGGCUGCAUUAGGACCAUCACUGUGUGAUCAUAGAGAGUUACAAGGUUUGUGGGGAAAGACUCCAUCUCCAGGAGAGAAAGGGGGAGGCUGUGGAGUCAUGCGUGUUUUCAAAAGAGUGGCAUGGGAGACACAGAUGUGUAGAGAGAGCACCUGAAAUGAAUUGUAGACACCUUUUGUCCCCAGUAUUUCCCACUGGAUGGUUUUUCAGUUAGGACGCAGCCGCCGUCAGUCACGAUGUGGAGAAGGCCGAGCAGACUGCAAGAGAACACGGCAAAUCUAGGCUUGAAUGCUGAUGCCUUAAUUUGAAAUCUGGUUUACUUGACAUGACCUGUGGAGCCACAGCAGUUUCCGAAUAACAUGUUCUUAGUUUGGAAACUCGCUUCAAACUCCAGCGUGGGAGGAAGCACUCCAGAGGCCGUGUGGCCCAGGCGAUGUUUGUGGGAAGAGUUGUGCCCUUUUCCCACCCAUCUCCUUGAGGUCCUUGGGACUUCCAACUCAGCUUACCUCUGCCAAUAGUCCUUUCCAAGCCUCUUCUUUUGAGACUUUUCUGGGAUUAGUUUGCCUUUUUUUGUAUUUUGACAUACUACCACGGUAGCUUCUCACAAUAUAGGAGCAGCACAGAGAACACUACCAAAUUAAAAUAAUCUCUAAUGUGGCAUUGCUACUAUCUCAUGCGUCGGCUUGUCAUGUCUGGAAAAGCUAAAGGAUGAAAGACAGAGAAGAAUUAAAUGCUUCUAAGAACACCCAGCACAUCGACCUGGGAACGUUUUUCCCCUCACUGUGUCAGAGCUAGGUGCCAACCACGUCUUUCCUUUUAUUUUUAAAUGAAUCUGGUGGAGCAGAUUGUUGCUGCUGCUGCUGCGAAUUAAGAGUAUCUCUUCAUGCUGAAUCUCAUGCAUGUUUUAAAUUCCUAAAGAAGAGCUGCUUUCUAAAAAAAAUAUACAACAGGCAUAAUGCCUUUUAUGACAGUGUCUUAGAUUUUAAUAAACCUGGGCUAGCUGUGGUUGUGAGCAGCCUGGAUAAACUUGCUUGAAUCAGAAGAAUAUCCAUGCACUGGGAGCAACCUCUUAAGCAGGUAACUGUACAAAUAGUGCAUUGCCAUUCCCGAGGUUACCAGAAACAAUAGCAAUAGCAAUUUUCAAGUGAGCAGACUGUUGCUAUCACCUUGAGCGUAAAAUUCUGUAGAAUUGCUGUCUCAUUCUGUUGAGGCAUAGAAAGUGCUGGAGAGAUCUUCCUGGCAAAGCUGCUAUUUCCAGCUGAUCUGAACAAGCGCAACAUUGGCAGUCAGUUGAAGCCUUCACAGCCUAUGUAGAAAUAAAUUGUUGUACGGGCACUGGGUUAUUGUCAUUGCAGGCUGUACAGUGCAGACAUCAGAUAGGGAUAUUCUUCUAAUCCAUUUUGCAGACACAGGGUAUGAACACAUGUUGUGAGAAUGCCUUUAGCUCCACCCUCAGAGCCGUUUCUCAUGUUUGCAUCUAUGUGGAAAUGUUUGGCAUAUGUAAAUUGGUCAACGUAUGCCUGGGUUGCACAGAGAUUGGUUAGCUCCGUUGUAAGAGCUUGCUUGCUAGCGAAUGAGACGCCUGUCACAUUUUCAGAAUACUUUUCACAUCUGUGCAGACAUGGGAAUGGCCAUCCUCUACUUAACAAGUAAGAAAGUGGACUUUAACCUGGAAUCUCUUGGAGACCUGAGGCUUAGCCUAUUUGCAUCCUGAAGCACAGUGGAUUGUUGAAGCAGCACACAAGAGUCCUACAUUUAAACAGGUGUUAAGACAGCUGUACUCUUGUGACUGUUAAUUCACACUGGAGAAGAACAUUGGGGGGGGGGGGGCACACAGUCAUUUUAAACCUGAAAGUGAGAAACUAUUUACCGCCCAGUAAGAUUAUUUGUGCCACCGUUGUUCUUCCGGUUCCAGAAAAGGACCGUCAGUGCAAUGUAUACAAAAGAAGCGGAUGAUGCAAAUACCCAAAGCAGCAAUUCUCCUUAGAGAAUUGUUUCCGAUCUACAGAUUUAGCACAGAGUCCCCCAAGAACAUUUACUGGCCUGGACUCCUUUUAAAUUAGUAGGUUUUAGAAACACAACUGUGCUCUUGUACAGUUCCCAGUUAUUUCGAUGGAAGCUUGACCAGUUAAGGUUCUCGAUGGAUUGUGCCAGGUGGACAUUGGAAUGCUGUUACCUUUCAGGAAGCAACAGAAUAGCAUCAUGGUUUGUGACCUGUCGGGUUGGCAGAGGGUGGGAGGCAACCCAGUGUGUUUUCUUGGAUCCUCUUUGAAAACGUGGCCUUAGCAUUUUUGCAAUACUUGAAGGAAAGUGUGAAUUCGCAAAAAGAAUUCCGUAGCAUAGCGUUCAGAGACCAUUGAAGUAACUGCACCGCAGACUUUUUUCAAAUCAGUUUUGCUACCUUAAGAGACUCGAUUGCUUAUUUUCCAGCGGCAAAAACAGUUGACACUUAUGAAAUGUUCUUUGUAAAUGGUAGGAUUUUUUAAUUGUUUACAAAAAAGCUUAACAUUGAUAAGCAAGACUCUUGACAAACUUAUUUGAAUUCUAACAUAAUAGAAAUGCAAAAAAGAGAGACAAAAGUUGAAAAGUUGUACUGUAGUACACCCAAAUAAUUAGGACUUUUUCCUUGAUUUCUUUUUUUGCAGAGACUUUUGAUACACAUUUGCAAAGCUGUUUUGAGGAGACCCUGUCUCCAUGUGUACUGUAUUGUGCAGAGACUCAGUUGCUCACCAUGUGUGUACGUGUGUGUGUGUAUGUGUGAGAAUAACUUUGUCAGACUGGUUUCCUGGCCAAUUUCAGCCGAUAGUCGCACACCCCUGUGUAGCACGGCUCAUUAGAUUACAGGGUGUAAGGUUUUCUUGUAAUUAUGAUCUGUAAAAUAACCAGGGUAGGCCCUGUGUACACCAGUGUAAAUAUCUUUGUUAAUUUGAGAUGUACUUUAAGAUAAUAAAAUCUGUAAAUAAAUUGAUUUAUAAAUUA